AAAAAUACUCUAUUUAUUUAGGAUCAUCACUAAACACCCCUCAUCUUUCCUUCCGAGUUUCUGUGUGUGUAUUGACCUUGUCUUAUCACUGAUCAACUUGCCAAUGUGAAAAUAUGGAUCGAGAAUUGAUUGAAAUUUGUAAAGAAAACAGCGCUACGGCUUUCUCAGUUGGAUAUCAAAUUGUAUAUCUUAUAUAUGUUGUCCUAUCCGUUACCUCCAUUUUUACAUGUUCAUACUUUAUCAAAACAUUCAUUUGGAACUCUACGUUCCACCCAAACUUCAAGCUUCUUUUGACAAUGUACUUUUUCGCUGCGAUAUUUCACUCAUUCCUAUUCACAGCUUCAUAUCUCAUGAUGAUUGAACGAUUUUUGGAUUAUCAAACAGAUUGUGAUAUUCAUGUUUCAAUGGUCCCGUAUGCUAUUGUGCACAGCUCAAUUGCAUGUUGUUUAUUUUGUGGAAUGUUAACACAGGUAUUCAUGGUAAUUGAACGAUUAUUGGCAACUAUCAAAAUUGAAAGUUACGAGCACAACACUUCAUUUUGGCAUAUUCUUGCUUACUUAUUUUUCUGUAUUGUAUUACCCCUCUCUCUACUUGUUUGGGCUUACCAAGACGCUGAUUAUAACUCGCCAGUUAUCACUGCAAUCAGUCCGCCAAAAGGUGUGGAAAUUAGACUCAACAUUCUCUACAUUUUCUGUUUUUUCUUGGCUAUUCUAGCACUUAUUUUGCUUCAGGUUGUUCGAUUUGUAAAUAAACGGAGAGAGAGCAGAAUAGAAAUAAGUUUAUCGGGAAGAUUUCAAAUUGUUGAAAACAUUGACACAACCACAUUUAUCUCAUCAAUUUUGAUAAUAAAUAUGAUAAUGUCUGUGAUCUACAUUGUGGGAACAUUUACGCUCAGAAACUUUCAAUUUGAUGCUUUUAUCAAUAAUCAGCCAGCAUUGGCUACUGUCAAAACUAUAUUUUAUCUGCACCCGUUGUUUUCCUUCCUAAUGCCACUUAUAUCAAGUUAUCAUCUUUCAAAAAUGCGUGAACGUCGAGUGAAACGAAGAGAACAUUUAAUGGCAAUUAAAACAAAAGGAAGAGAAGGUUCUGAUGCAUAUAAUCAAUUGCUUCAUGAUCAAUGGACUCAACAUUUUCUUAAGUGAUUUUUUUUAAUAUCAGAUAUGUAUGAAAUAAAUUGUUUUUCUAUU